AUGCUCAACACUUCAUUAAUAUCAAACGAUGGCCCCUUGGGUGACAUAUGGCUUGCGGCAAAUUACGACAAGAAGCUAACCAAACACCAGCUCCUUAAUACAGAUAUUGUUGAAUCGGCAAAGUACAUCAGUAAUCGUACUAGCGCAAGUCACGACCCCGAUUCCCCAACUGAAAUGGAUGCUAUCACGUUGCGUUUGUCCGGCCAGUUAUUAUUGGGUGUAACCAAGAUAUAUUCGCGCAAAACAAAGUACUUAUUGGAUGACAUCAAUGACGUUUUGUACAAACUUAGAGCUGUGUUUAGAAUGUCGAGUGGUGUUCAACUUGGACCAGAUGGAUUGUCCGCCAAAGUCAACUUGCCACCACAACAUACUACAAUCUCAGACUUGAAUACAAUUACCUUGAAGGACCAAGUCACAGGGUUUGACUUGUUAUGGCAAGAAAACUUGCAACUCGAGGAAGAGCCCAUCAAUCCUUUGGAUACAGUCUUCAACAAUGAAAAUGAUGCUUCGAGAUUCGAUACCUCUGUAGGAUCCAUCGAGUACGGUAGGUUGGAGAACGUGGAAGAUAAUGCUGCAGAUAAAGACGAAGAUAUCAACUUGGACUUUGAUUUAAACUUAGAUGAUGGAAGGGAGAGUUUUGCAGGCUCAAUCGAGCUUGGGAGGAAUGUAUCUAAUGUGGGAGAUGACGAACACAACUCUAUAUUAGGAGAUCUCCACAAAUCAAACAACAUAUUUGAACUAGAUCUUGGCCAACCGUUACAAAACAUUGAUGAUUUUGAUUUCGAAUUCGAUGACGGCUACGUCUCAUCCUCAAGUCUUGCUAACAACGAGGUGUCACCAGUCGAAAACCAACAAACUUCCAUCCAACCAAGAGCAAGAUCUAGACCAAGGCAAAAAAGAACAAGAAUAACCGAUGAUGGAGAGAUGGUUGUGGUGAAUAAGAAGUUGGUGGUAGAUUCCGAAGACAACUUGCAAAUAUCACUAGACAGUUUGAGAGACAAUCAGCAAAACACACUAAUCCACGUCAACUCCAAACAAUUGACCGGUUCAAAAAUGUCAAACAGUGACAAAUUGCUACUAAUUCAAGAAUUAUCACUUCCAGUAGCGUCAAAGAAGCGAAAGUUAUGGGAUUUUAGCUCGGAUUUACAUUUUAGGAUACCGGUGGAACAAGAUGACAGUGACGAUGAAGGUGGGAAUAACAGCUCAACUGACGACAGUGACGAUAGUAUUGACAAUUCCAUGGACGAUAUUACCAUGUCAGAUAGCGAGAGCGAAAAGGAAACACCUUCAAAAUCUCGCAAGGUUGAUGGCGAAGACGAUAACGAAGACGAUAACGAAGAAGAAGAGGACUCAGCAGAUGAGUCUUUUGGUGAAAAUGGCGUGGAAAAUGUUGCCAAGAGUACAAAGCAAGCAGCCGAUGAAUUACAAGACUUGUUCAGAUUGGACGCAAGUGUUUCAUUCAAGGAUUUUGUAGAGGCUGACUCAACGGCAAUAAGACCAUUGGGGUUGAAAAACAAGAAAUAUGUGAAUUCUAAAAGAGAAGCUUCUAGAUGUUUCUUUGAAGUAUUGGUCCUUGCAACUAAUGAUUGUAUCAACUUGCACCAAGAAUCUUCAGACUUGAGCGUCCCUACAUCAAUCAGCAUCACAUCAAGAGACAACUUGUUUAACUAUGUAUAA